AUGGAGCAUUCGGUGCAACUAACCCCUGGCAAUGUUGCUCCACCUAAUGGAACCUGCAGUCAUCUGCUCCUGAGGAGAAUAAGAGGAUUGAAGCCCAUCAAUUUCUGGCAGGAAGCGAAACUUAUUUGCAAGUUGGCCGGGCCAGUGUUUUUGACUCAGCUACUGAUAAAUCUUAUACAUAUUGUCAGUUCUGCGUUCUGUGGGCAUUUAGGAAAAAUUGAAUUGGAUGCAGUCAGUCUUGCUAUAGCGUCAAUAACCCUAUCAGGUACCUCCAUCGGUAUUGGGCUGUCCACAGCUUGUGACACCCUCAUAUCUCAGACGUAUGGCAGUAAGAAUCUGAAGCGAAUUGGAGUGAUUCUCCAAAGAGGGAUUCUCAUUCUCCUGAUCGCCUGCUUUCCCUGCUGGGCUAUCUUGAUAAACAUCGAGCACAUUUUAUUGGCUUUCAAACAGUCUCCUGCAGUAGCCAAGUUAACACAACUCUAUGUGAAGACAUACAUUCCUGCCCUCCCUGCAGCGAUUCUUUAUGACCUAGAGCUCAGAUACCUUCAAAGCCAGGGGAUCAUCAUGCCUCAGGUGUUUGUUGGUUUCGUCACCAACAUCUUCAAUGCUGUCAUCAAUUAUCUCUUCCUCUAUGUGCUGAAGCUGGGAGUAUUGGGCUCGGCUGCUGCCAAUGUUGCUUCGCAGUACUGUCAGCUUCUCCUCCUGUUCGGGUACAUUCGAUGGAAGAAGUUGCAUGUUCAGACCUGGGGAGGAUGGUCCACUGACUGCCUGCAGGAAUGGGGUCCCUUUCUACGGCUGGCGAUUCCCAGCAUGGUCAUGAUGUGUAUCGAAUGGUGGACAUAUCAAAUUGGAACAUUCCUUGUAGGGUUAAUUAAUGAGGUGCAACUUGGAGCCCAUGCUAUUAUUUAUCAGACUUUAACACUCGCAUUCAUGGUUCCCCUGGGAUUCAGUGUGGCUACAGCCGUUGUUGUGGGUAAUGCAUUGGGUGCCAGAAAUCCACAGCGAGCUGUAAACUAUGUGAAAGUUGCAAUGUGCUGCAUUGGGUUUUUUUGCUUCGUCAACUCUGUGAUACUUGGGUCGAUAAAGGAUGUGGUGGGCUACGUCUUCAUCAGUGACAAAGAAAUUGUUGAUAAAGCAGCACAAAUAAUUCCGUUAGGUGCUGUUUUCCAUCUGUUUGAUGCCAUGGCUGGUGUGAGUGGUGGAGUGUUAAGAGGAGCUGGGAAACAAAAGUUAGGAGCUAUCGGAAACCUGAUUGGUUACUACCUAAUUGGGUUGCCCAUUGGAAUUGCUCUGAUGUUUGCUGGAAAACUCGGUGCAUUUGACGCUGACAGAGAAAGCGGUGCAGUGCUUCUAGUGCCCACUGUUCUCCAGUCGGAACAAAAGACGGAUAAGGGCCAGGUGACAGAUGAGGCUUCGAUUGUGGACACUGGAGUUAUCACAGUUGGAGAAAUCCUGUCUAUAAAACAACUGAUCAUUCGCCGUGGGCUAGCCUUCCUCUCAGGACUGCUUAUAUUAGCAACGGGACUAGUGAUACACCUCAAUCUUGCAAAGGACCUGUAG